AUGCCCUUCACGUUAUCAGUACCAAGGCCAGAGGUUGAACCUUCUCGACCUCAACAUAUUCAAAGAGCGAACAGCCCUUUGGCGGCAGACCAUACCGCAACUACCACAAAUCAUUAUCCUCGAAGGCAAAGAAAUGUAUUUAGUACAUUAACAGAAUUGAUACAAACAAAUUCAAUGGUCCGUUAUGGUACCUUAAUAUUUUUAGUAGCGUUGAUUAGUGUAUUAUACUUUGCUACGACACAUCAGGCAAUUAGACCAACAGGCUCGGGUCCAACAAUAAUAAGUGAAUAUUUAACCGUCGCGCCAGAUAAACCUCCGACCAGGUCAUUAGAAGAUGGAUUUCCUAUAUCAGAAGGUAGUACUGAACAAUUUGGUUCUUUUGAAGCUUCUGGCAAAGGAGAUGUGCAACAAGUAGUUGAAGGUAUACUUCAUAAUAAUACAAAUCAAGGUAUAAGGGGUGUAUUAUAUGAUCGUGGAGAUGGUUGUCAAAGUAUUAAAUUUAAUACGGCCGAUUCACCACCUACGGGGAUUGUUCCAUCAAUUCCAUUACCCAACGUCUUCACACCUUAUAAAAUUAGUUUAAUAUCUUCUGAUGUAUCAAAUUGUACGUUAGAUCAAAAAAUCACCAUGUCAAAGAGCGAUGGUGAUAAAGCGAUAAUCGUUCGUGUAGAAAGUAAUUCGGAUGAAGAACUUUUAUUAGCGUUAAACUCUAAAGGUUAUGAUAUUCCUAUAUUUACCAUCAAUAAAUCAUCAGGUGACAGUUUUAAAACGGAAUUAGAGAGGUUAUAUCAGGCAAAACCCAAUGAUUCAUCAUCAUUAUAUAAGGUAUUAAUUGUAACCUUAAAACCUUAUCGUCAAUUUGUUGUCAAUUCUUGGCUAUUUGCCAUGUUUGCUGUUGGUGGUAUUUUAGUUGCAUCAUUCUUUGUUUCCAUUUUAAUUCACAUGAGAUUAUAUCGUUUAAGAAGGAAUCAACAGCUUGAAAUCAGAAGGCAACGAGCUGCUGAUGAAGUUUUAGGGAUGAAAAAAUGGACUUUGGAAAAAGAUAUCAUCGACACCUUUCCUAUCAUCAUUUAUGAUAAAAAAUCUGGUUCAACUUCAGAGGAGCAAAAGAUUUCUUCUGAUAUGGACAACUUCACCGUACAAUUUCCACUCGAUCAACACGUUCAACAAAGUCAACAAGUUACCCCGACUAAUCCAACUACUCCAACUACCCUGACUAAUCCAACUACUCCAACUACCCCAACUACUUCUACUACUCCAACUACCCCAACUACUUCUACUACUUCUACUACUCCAACUACUCCAACUACUCCAGCGGCCACAACUGCCGCAACUAAUCAAAUUACCCCAACCACCCCAACUCAUCAAACUAACACAGAUAUCACAACCAUCCCAGCUAAUCAAACUUCUCCAACAGUAACGAGUGCUUCAACUGAUGAUGAUACAGAUACUUGUGCAAUAUGUUUGGAGGAUUUUGAAAAUGGAGAAGAAAUAAGAGAAUUACCUUGUAAACAUUGGUAUCAUAUAGAAUGUAUUGAUCCUUGGUUAACAACAAAAAGUAGUUCGUGUCCUUUAUGCAAAAAAGAUUGUAGACCAAAUCAAAAUGAUGAAAUUAUUAUUGAUGGUUUAACAAGUCAAGAAGAUAGCAAUAAUGAAAGCGAUGUCAAUAAUGUUUUUGUUAGAAUGGGUAAAGUAUUUGGUAGAUUGUUUGGGAAGAGGUCAACAAGUGUAAGGCCAACAGAUACACGACAACAACCGAAUGAUAGUACUGUAGUUGAACUAGCAUAG